CGAAAUGCUGAAAUGCGCACCGCGAAAAAGAAGUGCACGCCCAUUCCACACGUCGUCGAUGUGCACUGCAAGCUCAUACGAUAGGAUAAUGCUCAAAAGGAUCAAACAACUGCGAUCCUAUCUACACUCCAGUCUCCAGCCUCCAGGGUUCGAGGUGGUUACAGCUAUCACUGGUUCUCUGGACCUCGUCCACUUGUGGCCAUGGCGCUUGGCCUCUUCGCCGCCGCCGCGCUGGCCGCGGUGGCGUCGCUGGCGGCCCACGUCGCGCUCAACUGCCCCAUAGAGCCGGUGCCGUCGACACCGCCACCGCCCACGCCGCCUCCCAACAACCUCCUCCAGAGGCUGGAGAAGCUGGGGGAAGGAGUGCUGGACGCGCCGGAGGACGUGUACGUGGACGCGGCGGCGGGCGGCGCGCUGUACACGGCCACGAGGGACGGGUGGCUGCACAGGAUGCACCCGGGCAACGGGUCAUGGGAGCGGUGGCGCUUCGUCGGCGGCGCCGGGCUGCUCGGGAUCACGCCGUCCGCCGACGGCACCAUGCUCGUCUGCGACGCGGACAAGGGACUUUUGAGAGUUGGGGAGGACGGAGUGACCCUUCUUGCUUCGGAGGUCGAUGGCACCCCGAUCAGGUUCGCGGACGCGGCGAUCGAGGCGUCGGACGGCACGGUUUACUUCAGCGACGCCAGCGCCAGGUUCGGCUUCGAUAGGUGGUUCCACGACUUCUUCGAGUCCGGCGCCACCGGCCGCCUCCUCCGCUACGACCCGCGCACGGGCCACACCUCCGUCGUGCUCGACCACCUCGGCUUCGCCAACGGCGUCGCCCUGCCGAGGGACGAGGCCUCGGUCGUCGUCUGCGAGUCCAGCAGGUUCAGAUGCAUGAAAGUGUGGCUGAAAGGGGAGAAGGCUGGUCAGGCCGAGACGUUCAUCGAUAAACUCCCGGGGUGUCCCGACAACAUUCGCCUCGGAUCAGACGGCUACUUCUGGAUCGCCCUCAUCCAGAUGAGGUCGCCAUGGCUGGACCUGAUCACCCGCUGGACCUUGGCGAAGAGAGUAGUCGCCACGUUCCCGGCGCUCGUCGAGUGGAGCAAGUCGACGAUGAAGGGGGCCAUGGUGGCUCAGGUGUCGGAGGGUGGCGACAUCGUCCGGGUGCUCGACGACUCUCAAGGGAAGGUGAUCAACUUCGUCACCUCGGUGAACGAGUUCAACGGGGACAUCUUCCUCGGAAGCCUCGCCACCAACUUCAUCGGGAAGUUAUCUCUGGCGCAGGUGACACAGGAGCAGGGCGCAGCUUCUGAACGUCGGUUUAUACCGGAAUAAGCUAGGAAAGGGAACAUUUCGCUGUUUAGCAUAUUGCUAUACACAGCUCUUCUGUACAGUAGUAACCGGCUACCAUAGUACCAGUUUGUAAGAGAUUCAGAAGACUAGUGGCCGAGCAGAUUGUUCUGUUCGGCUGUUCAGACCUCAGCUCUGCUUUGCCUGCCAGGGUUGAUGGCUUUCAGAGGUUCUAAUCGAUUCAGCUGCUGUCAGUAGCCUAAAAAUUGGAUCAUCCUUUCUGACAACCCCCACCCGGAACGGUCGUUAUACUAGUUAUACCUGUAUUCUUCAGAGCAUGAUGGUGGAAAAAUGUGACAGAUGUCUGCAGAAGUUAAAAAGGAUGGUUACCUCAA